AUGUCAGACCAAGACCAACCGAGCAGCAGCAGCAGUGGGAAGGGGAAAGAGGAGAAGGCAGAGCCACACCUUGAGCACCAAAGCCAUGCCGAGGAGGAGGAGGAAAAGGAGAAGCAUAGAGCCCAGGUGGGGGGACAGAUGUCUUCUUCCAACUUCAGCCCACCUGACCAUCCAGAAAUGGAUCUGAGCUCAGCCGAGACUGGGACUAGAGCUGGAUAUGGCAGUACCCCUCCACGAGACAGCACAUACGGUCAAGGUAAGUGCCUGGGCAAUUCUGGUGCCACUGCUGUCUGCUGUGAUGGUGCACAUGAUGGAAGUUGUGGUGAUAAUGAUGGCCAUGGUGGAGGUGAUGGCCAUGGUCAUGGUGGUGGUGAUGGCAGUGAAGGUGGUAGUGGUGGUGAUCGUGAUGGCCAACGUGGUAGUAGUGGGGAUGGUAGUGGUCAUGGUGAUGGUAGUGGUGGGAAUGAUGAAGGUGAUGGUAAUGUUGACAAUCUUCCAGAUGGUGAUGGCAAUGGCAACAGUGGUAAUGAUGGUGCCACAAUCAGUCUUAUCAGCUUAACAGACUCCAACACUUCGGGCUGCAAUACAGAAAUCCUGUUGGGGCAUGUACAGAAACAGAAUGCAUUGGAGGUGGUGGAGAACAAUGGUGAAGAGACCCAGGAAGAGUCUGAGGGACAUGAGGGAUGUGCUGAGCCCAGGAGGGCCAGAGGUGAACAGAGUCACUUUUAUGGAAAUGCUUCUCUAGACCAGUGGCUAUCCUUAGAGACAAGUGCUCUCCCGAGACCGCGCUGGCAAGUUCUUUCCAGGCUGAGGGACAGGCAGCUGGGGUCAAGUGCCCAUUUUGUGUAUGAUGCCUGUGGGGCAAGAGUCUUUGUCCAGCGCUUCUGCCUACAGUAUGGUCUAGCAGGCCAUGCCGCAUGUGUCAAUACUGUGCACUUUAACCAGCACGGUACCAGGCUGGCCAGUAGCAGUGAGGAUCUGCACGUGAUUGUGUGGGACUGGGUACAACAACGUCCGGUACUGAAAUUUCACAGUGGCCACCAAUAUAAUGUCCUGCAAGCUAAAUUUCUUCCUAAUUGUGAUGAUUCCAUGUUGGUCACGUGUGGUUUUGAUGGGCACAUAUGGGUAGCAUACCUGUCCGAUAUGCCAUCCACCGAGACAACCAAGUGUUUGGUGAGGCGCAGGGGAGCAUCUCAUAAAUUGGCUCUGGAGCCCGACUCCUCUUUCAAGUUCCUCACUUGUGGUGAAGAUGGUGGUGUGUUCAGCAUUGACCUCUGAAAACGCCAGCCAGCUUCAAAAGUGGUUGUGACAAAAGACAAUGAGAAGAAAGUAGUGGGACUAUAUGCAAUCUGUAUCAAUUCUGAUAAUGUCUAUCAAUUUGCAGUAGGUGGACAAGAUCAGUUUGUAAGGAUUUAUGACCAGAGGAAAAUUGAUGAGAAAGAGAACAAUGGAGUACUCAAGAGGUUCUGUCCUCAUCACCUGGCUGAAACCAAUUCUCCACCAUAUGUCACAGGCCUUACAUACAGUCAUGAUGGCACUGAGCUCCUAGCCAGCUAUAAUGAUGAUGACAUCUUCCUCUUCAUCUCCUCUGAUGAUGAUGGAGCUCAGUACAAGAAGAGAUAUAAGGGACACAGAAAUAAUGCCACAGUAAAAGGUGUCAAUUUUUAUGGCCCCCAAAGUGAAUUUGUGGUGAGUGGUAGUGACUGUGGGCACAUUUUCUUUUGGGAGAAAUCGUCUUGCCAGAUUGUUCAGUUAUUGGACGGGGAUGAGAGAGGUUCUGUAAACUCUAUUGAUCCCCAUCCUAACCUGCCUGUGAUGGAAAGCUGUGGCCUAGAUGAGGACGUCAAGACCUGGGCCCCCACAGCUGGAGCUCCCACUGACCUUCGUGGGAUGAAAGAUGUUCUUAGGGUCAACAAGAAAAAAUGAGAUGACUUUUAUUCUCAGCAAGCUUCCUUCUUUGACCACAGCACUCUUUGGUUCCUCUUGAAUCGUGUGGCAGAGAGACAUCCUAGGUGGCAUAGGAAUGUAACUAGACUUGAUGUCAGGAGUGCAGCUGCAGAUGUCGAGGAGUCUUCCAGCACUUCUGACGAGGAGGAAAGCCAAGAGAGAGUAGAGCGCAUGCCAUCCUGA